UGCUCCGGCAUCUCACCCAAAGCAUCAACCAGAAGCUUGCACAACCCCCCCGAGAUCGAGUCCGGUGCGCGUGUGUGUCAUGGCGUCCAUGCAGCAGAAGAGCCGCGAGCGCGAGGAGCGCGCGCGGUCCGCGGCGCAGAAGGCGGCCGACGAGCUCGCCGCGUCAAGGCGGGAGGAGGUCCAGCAGGUCCACGAGGAGGCCACCACGCCCAUCAGCCCCCGCGGCGGCGGCAUCCUGAGCAGCGUGCAGGAGAAGGCGGCGGCGGCGAUAGAGCGCGCCAAGGAGUACGCGGUGGAGAAGAAAGAGGGCGCGCGGCAGGCGCUCGCGGGCGACGCCGUGGGGAGGAAGGGCGAGACGGACGAGUCGGCGUGGCAGCAGGGGCAGGACGUGCGGCGGCGCGCCGCCGAGAAGGCCCAGGAGGAGGCGCGGCGGCGCGUGCGCGAGCCAUCCGAGGAGGAGAAGGGCCGGGCGGCGACGGAGAACAUCUACGGGAAGGGGAAGGGCGCGACGGGCGCGUUCGGGGAGAAGAUGGUGAUGCCGACGGACGUGGUAGAGAGGAAACGGGCUGAGGCGGCGGCCGGUGGCGGGGACGGGGAGGCAGCUGCGGCAUCGCCGCCGGCGCCGGGGAUCGGGGACGACGACGUGAUGCUGCGGGUGAAGGAGGCGGACCAGAUGACGGGGCAGGCGUUCAACGACGUCGGCCCCAUGGGCGAAGAGGGCACUGGCAUGCCACGGCGACGGCGCUAAGCUACCAACCUGCCUGCAUAUGCAGAGACCUGAGGAGGCGGCUGGGCGUUUCCAUUCCAAGGCUGAGAGGCGAGGCGAGGCGAGCAAAGUAGCUAGACAAGUACUAGUCCAGAAUACGUCGAUCGGCGUCGUGUAGCGGACGUAUUUUACUGUUGUCAGCAGAGACGUACGUACCAUCAGGCAGCGAAUUCAAAAGUGUUACUGAUCAUGUUUGUCUACAAACGCGUUACAUAUA